AUGACCUUGCACUCGGAACCCACCUGCAUCAACGCCUUCAACAUCCAUCCCGUUGAAGCGAGGGUCCUCGAGCUGGGGCAAUGCGUGACUUUCGUAGAGGAUACAACCAACUCUUUUGCUGUCUUCGACUCUUGCUCUUUUGUCGAUGGCAUUGCCAAUUGCUCUGUGGGAACCGUGCCUUGCGAUCACUGGACCAAGCAAAGUCCCACUUCCUGUCCCGGGGACGCUUGUACCUAUGAUCACGAGCUGGGUAUAUGCCACGACAAAAAUGCCAAACCCGUGUGCUCCCUCUACUCAGCACCCAACUGUGGCGGGGCCUCCAGCAGCUGCUAUUUUGAGCCGCUCAUCAACAUGUGCAUCCCGAGAGAUGCCUGCUCUUGCUCCAGUACCGCCAUAUCCGGUGAAACCAGCGUCCCGGUACAGGGAUGCACCGUUGGAACCAGUGAGACUGACUUUCCCGGACAGGCUGGCUGUUACAUUGCAGGUGGAGCAGAGUGGGCAGACGCAUGUGGCUGCGUCACAAAUAGUUCACGGUACCCAGGCGCCGCCUUCCGUCCCUGUCUGCAAGUCGAUUGCACCACGAUCAUCCCCGUGCAGCCCACCGGUGCCUACCAGCCCACGGCCAAUAUACUCGCACCACCCCAAUCCGCUAGCGAGUUUCUCAUCCCUUAUCGCCUCAUCUCCGACAUCCACCCCGUGGGCUGUCGUCCCAUCGGCUAUUGGAUUUCUUCCCAGUUUGCUGCUACCAAUGGUUUUAGCAUCAUGGACAUGAGCGAAACGGUAAAAACGAAACGUGGCGACAUUUACGAUGCCAUAUGGAGUCAGUAUCAGCCAUCCAUCGCCGUUUUCCAGCGUGGCGGGGGCAUGCGGCGCAUCCAGCACAACACGAGCGAGGCCAAUGCCGCCAUGGGUGGCAGUGCUCUCGUGACCAUGUUUCGCGAGACGGUCAACUUGAAUGGGUUUGAGUCCAUCACGACCCAAACGCCUUGGACCAAGUUUGAUGUGACUGGGUCCCCGAUCGGCUCCAUCGACCUCAAGUUUACCUGCUCCGCCCAGGAUGUCUGUCUGGGAGUCACGCCUCGACUCGAGGGCACUCCUGUCGAAUACAUCCCCACAGCGAUCCUUCGCAUGAUCACUCAGCUUCAGCUCAUACCCAGUAUUUUCAUCGAGAAUCUCAAACCCACGAUCCAGGCCUUUCCUGACAUGCCGUAUGGCAAUGUGACGGUGGCUGCCGACCUGUGGUUCCCCGUUGGCGAGCGCUUCCAGAUUGCUGCAGGCGCUCGUCGUGUGAACCUCACCUGCUACAACUGCGCUCCGCCCGCCUCACGUUGCCAAACAAUCAACCUGGUGGCCACGGGCACGGGCAGUACCAUCAGCUUUACGCUCGUGGGUCUGUAUCCCCAUUCCAUGACCAUGUGUCAUGUCAUCGAGACAACGUCCACGUGUUUGCCUCGGGCCAGCGCCCCUCUGAUCUUUCAUGUUGUAGGCUUGCCCCCGGUGCACCCACCCCACUCGCUUGUCUUGGCUCCUUCUGCUCAAUUGGGAUGUCUCAACGUCUCCCUCUUCAACAUGACCGCACAAGUGUGGCGCGGCGAGCCGCUGGGCGUACGCGUGCGCGCCUACAGCACCACAAACGACACGUUGCUCGUCGAAGGCGCCGCCUACUCGCCUCGGGUCACCGUUAACAGCUCUACCAACGUUGCGAACCUCGUCUUUUACUUUUCCGAUCUCGUUUGCCAGUUGCCCACCGACUCCAGCCUGCGGAUCACCGCGGCCCUAGAGUCCAUGGGCGGGGUGGGACCGUUUGGCAGUGUUGGUACCUACUUUCUUCCUUCCACAGCUCCCACUGUAGCCCCCAAACUAUCAUUUUUUGCUGGUGAAGCUGGCAUCGACGUCGAAUGGCCAGGGGUGGACGAUCCUAGUGUGGUUGCUAUCGAGAUUUGGAUCAACUCGACGGACAGUCGAAUCGCCGUUCUUGAACGCAAAGUGCCUCUGAGCAAUCCGCUUGCAGAUCACGCGGUGAACUUUGUGCUUCAAGACCUCGACCCAGGCUACACAGCCUUUGCUCGUUUCAUAAAUGUGCAUGGCACUGGUCCUUGGAGUGAUGGCACUCAGCUCUCCUUUGCCCGCAUUUCACCGUCACCCGAGCCGACGACGACCAUUGACACGAACGCGGCAACUGGGGAAGAUAGAGCAACUGCUCUGCGUAUCUCGAGUCUUGUGGUUGUGGUGGUGGCCGUGUGCGUGGUGAUUGUGUUGUUGUUCCUGUUUGCUCGACGCUAUUCAACCCGCAAGGGCGAGUCCAACGUGCCUGCUGUUGAUCUCGACUGCUUCAAGGACUGGGAAGUUUCGCGCGGUCGCAUUGCGAUUGACACCACGACCGUGUGCGAGCUCGGGCAGAUCAAGCUUCACCGCUGCUUUUUGGCAGCUGCCAGCGAUCAGGAGACGCGCGUCGCUGUGGCUGAUUACGAACUUGACGAUCCUAGCGUUUCCCAGGACGUCUUUAGCUGCUUUGUACUGGCUCAGCCGGCAGAUGAGUCUGUCAAAUUGGCCAUGGUCAAAGAUGCUCAAAUGCUCGUCAAGCUGAGUCACGAAAGCUUGAUUGGCCUGGUCGGCACCAGCUUCAAUCUCGAGUCAUGGAUUGUCAUUGUUGAACCGGUGCGAUCUUCAUUGUCAACAUUCCUUCGAAGCAACCGACCCACGCCUGAUUGCCCCUCGAGCGUGACCGAGUGCCAGCUGCUCGAGUAUGCUUUGGACGUGGUUGACGCGCUCUCUUUUCUCGAAGAGAAAGGCGUCAUUCAUAAUAACAUUCAAGCCGACAGUGUGUACAUUGCGCUACACGGAAGCGCGGUGCUGGGAGGCUUUGGCGAUGCUCGCUUGGUCGAAGCUGCCAACACACCAGAGAGCAUGGCUCGUGACGUCGAAUCGCUGCCAAUUCGUUGGAUGGCACCUGAAGUCAUCACGGACAACCAGCCGAGCGUCAAGAGUGAUAUCUACAGUUUUGGGGUUCUGUUAUGGGAGCUCUUCACGUAUGGGCGUCGCCCCUGGCCCGGCUAUGCGCACGCGGAAAUUGCUCAGAUUGUCACAAAGCAGUCUGCAUUGCUCCUGCAGCCUGAUGACUGCCCUCAUCAAGUCUACAGGGUUAUGAAGCAAUGCUGGAAAGCGACUCCCAGCAUUCGGCCGACACCCAAGACACUGGACGACGUCUUGACCAACGUUCUUGAGAACCUCUAUGGCGAGCCUCUGGGCAAGGACGACAAAGACUUGGUCAAGCCUCUGCAAGGAUCGCUGAACGCUUCCUCGAUGGCCUAG